AUGGAUGACAUAGAAGACAUUCCCUUAUCUCCUCCUCCUUUUGAAUAUGAACCUACUUCUUCAAUUGAAAUCAUUUCUGAAACAGAAACAGUUACAACCAACAGUUCUAACAGUUUAAAUAGAAAAAAACGAAAUACUGGUGCACGUCAAAAACCUUAUGCAUACAGCCAAAAAGGUGGAAACACAACAAAUCUUAUUGUCCAUUUGCGUGAUAAACACAAAAUCACAAAAGAAAAUUAUUUUCAGUUUUUAGAUAAUUCUAAUCAGCCCCGACGUGAUCAAACUCAAAUUAUAGGAUAUUUAAAAGCAGCAGCUCCAUGCUCACCAAAACGACAGGAACUUAUUACACAAAAGCUUGUAACCUUUAUCAUCAAAUUCAUUCAACCACUAUAUAUUUUACAAAAUCAAUACUUUUGUGAAUUACUCCUUAUCUGUGAGCCGGGUUAUAGAAUUCCAUGUGACAAAACAGUAAAAGCAAUAAUCAAUGAUUCAUUUGUAUGCUGUAAGGAACAACUUUGUUCACUUUUAAAUAAUAAUAAUGUUAUUGCUGUUCAUUUGACUACUGAUUUAUGGACUGCAAGGUCUCGUCAUGUAUAUCUUGGUGUAACAGCCACAUGGUUAACAUCUAAUUUUGAAUUCUGUGAGGCACUUUUGUCCUGUAAUCACAUUCCAUAUCCACACUCAGGAGAGACUAUCAGUGCUGCAUUAUUUCAAAUUAUAAAUGAGUGGCAUUUAUCAAACACAGCAUUUACCAUUGCAACUGAUAAUG